AUGACAUAUUAUAAUAGUGUUAAUUCUUUUGCAACUGCAUUCGUGCAGUGAUUUUGUACAAAAUGGGCGGUUAUGAGGUAGAAAAACAAGAUUAUGAAGGCUCUAAAAAUAAGUGGGAGAAAAGGAAAUAUUUUCUGAGACAGAUGAUGAUCAGCAGCGGUGGCUGGACCUGCUACUUCAUCAUGGGCAUGACCUUCGGAUCUUCCACCGUCUUUAUUCCUCAGAUAAGGAAAGAAGCUAAUUCAUUUGAUGCCAUCAGCGAAUCAACUGCUUCUUGGAUACCUGCCAUCAUGGUCUACUCCGGCCUACCUUGGACCUUCAUUCUACCAGUCUUCAUGAAACACAUCGGACGAAAAUACACCUUCAUGUUCGUCUGUGUCAGCAAUCUUGUCAGCUACGUAGUUUUCUACUUGAGCGUCACAGUCAACCAAAUUAUCAUCAGCCAAGUUAUAAAUGGCAUCAACACUGGAUCACACUUCACUGUAUCAGUCAUGAUCAUCACCGAGUACACAUCUCCUAAACACAGAGGAUUUUUCUUGACUGUGAAAUCAGCUACGCUUUUCUGGGGUAUUUUCAUGUCCAAUGCUAUAGGCACAUUUUUCCAUUGGAGAAAUAUUGGCUUGGUAGGAAUCAUUUGCAGUGCCUACGGCUUGUUGAUAGCAAUUGUCUUACCUGAGUCACCAUUUUGGCUGGCAACUAAACAGAGGUUUGAUAAAUGCGCAGACACGCAUAGAUGGAUGAUGGGGUUCAGCAAGCAAUCGGAAUCAGAUUUAGAAAAGUUGAUUAAUUACCAAAAGAAUCUCAAUUUGGAAGCACAAUCGAAGAGCUUUGAUCUAAAAGGAUAUAUCACUGGAUAUUUGAAAGUAGUAUCAUCAAGGCAGUUCUAUAAGCCUCUCGUUUUAUGUCUGUUGGUUCAUUCCUUGUAUAUAUUUUCUGGUAAAGUAGUAUUUAGUGUAUACGCUAUAGAUAUUAUAAGUAAAAUAACAGCUGGACACCAUAUUUCUCCUUACACAGCUAUGUUAGUAUUAGACGGUGUCACAGUAUUUUGUAUGUAUAUCGGAUGCUUAGUAGCAAAAGUGUUACCAAGAAAGAAAUUGCUAAUCGGGUCAUCGUUAGUAGGAAUCGGUUUUCUGUUAUCGAUAUCUUUAUAUGCAUUUUUAAUUAAGUUAUCGCUUGUAGUGGAAAAUAAUUAUUUUGCUAUAUUCUUGUUAAUAGGGUAUUCUAUGGGACUAUGUUUUGGUCCAGUAAUAUUGACACAGACCAUUACAGGUGAGUUAGUGUCUAUAGAAGCUAGAGGAUUAUCAUCUUGCUGUAUGGAUUUAUCCUCAAAAGUGUUACUAGGUACUUUAGUCAAAAUGUCACCAUUUUUGUUCAAAACAUGGGGCACUCACGGAGCUUUCCUAUUCUUUGGAUUAUCAACAUCAUUAUUCUUGUUUUUGAUUUACAAAUUCUUGCCCGAAACCAAAGAUAUGACAUUGCAAGAAAUUGCCGAAUGGAUGAAAGGGACCAAGAAAAGCCGAGCAUUGCAAGAGGAAGUUAAAUUUUUGCCUGAAAAGCAGUAGUUUUAGAUAUUAUAAAAGUUUUUGUGGAACUAGUCAUGAAAUAGGAAAGGGGAGAUAAAAUACUUGGUAUAUGUACUUCUAGUUUUAAUAGGCGAAGGGUUUCACCAUAACCAAUUACACUUAAGUGCAUUAAAAGUUGGAUUCAUAACCCCUAAAGGGACAGCAUUCAUUGUUCUUACACUAUGGGGGAAAAAAAUGUAGAUAGCAAUUUUUUUUCCUAAUUUAUAGCCUUUGGCGAUAUCUACGCUCGGGUCGUUGGUUCAAUGCCCGAGUUAUCUUUCAAAGCGAAGUAUUCCUCUUCCGUUUAUUAAUUAGGUUUCAGCGGAAAUUAAGAAAUGGAAAAGCGCAGUUUUUUUUCUGUCGUUUUCUGGUAUGUCUCAGCGAUCACUAAUUCAGUUUCGAGAUGUUUUCUUAAUGAUAUUUUUUGAUUGCAAAUUGUUUUUGAAAAUGUGCAGAAACUGAACGGUGUCAUAUUUUAUGAUUAUAUUUUGGGUAAUAAAAGAUUUAUCUUUGCUAUUUUUGGGUUUUAAAAAUGCCAAUAAGCUGAAAAUUUUAUCCUUUAUCCAGCAAUGGACUAGGUCUAUACAUAUAGGUCAAUUUAUAAUGAUGAUGAUGAUAACAGAUCACGCGGGUUAAAUAAAAACACCUAAUUACAAUUCAAGACAAGCGAUUGGUAAUUGAACUCCUACGAACGACUUGUAAACUAUUUGAAAUGAAAAUCACAUGACGAUCCGAUGUAUUGUGAAAUAUGUAGUGUUUGCUAAUUGUGCAGAAGUUAGUUAUGAUUUGAUGCGUGUCUUCAUUGUUAUAACGAGUCUAAAGUUGAUCGCUAUCGAUUUCAUAUGGGCUGUUCUUGGUUAGACCAAUUUUAAUUGGGUCUGCUUCUUUGUUCGAAAGAUGUGAAAGCUUUAAGGAAAUUGUAAGCAUAUAUUGGUAUGAUACUUUUGAGAAAUAACCUCAAUGGAAAAUUAGGAAAGGAGUAUUUUGGUAUAGUAAUAUUUUUAUUUUGUUACGCUGCCUGUAUCGAUGCUAUACAAUCUGUGAAAGUUUUAAGAAGCUUGAAUAAUCCCAGUAAGUAAAGGGCGGUAAAAUUAUUUUUCUAUAUUUAAAUUGUAGCCUAGCUAUUUAGAUUUAGAGCUUAAGUUUACAAUGUAACAUAAAAUAAGAUAAUAAAAGUCCAAAAAUGAUAAA